AGAAGCAGAAAAGUUGAUGAAGAGGAAGAGUUUGUACGCCUUGUGUGUGAAAAUUUCGCGCCGAUACCCUUUCAUUUACAAUAGGGAACUGUGAAAAACUCUAGCACACUUAAAUCUUUUAUAUUUUCACAGGAAAUUAGUACAAAUUUGUAGUUUUAAUGCUUAUAAAUAAAAUAAAUUGAGUGUAUACAUAAGUGGAAACAAGAAGUGGAAGUGUGAAUUGGCGUCUUCUGCCACUACAAACGUAUCGUCGAGGCGACGAGACAGUGAAGCAGCAAAAAAUUUACAAAUUGUGAUUUAACGCACCGUUCUCAUAUUGCAAAAGGCAUUAGUGAUUAUUCGUUUAAUAUUUCAAUAAACAUAUAAUGGCUCCAGCGAAAAAACGCGAAAAGGAUAAUGCAUCAGCAGCGCCGGCAGCUGCUGUAAAUAAUGGUGCUAAUGGAAGUGUUAACGCUGGCAAUGGGGGAGGAGUGUCUUCGGCAACAGCUGCUGCUGCAACUGCAGUCACAGCAAAUGCUGCAACUACAAGCGUAGAAAAUGCGAAGCUCAAUGGGCAUCAGCAAGAGCAGGAACUUUUUCUACAAGCCUUUGAAAAACCUACCCAGAUAUAUAGGUUUUUACGGAAUCGUCAUGGCACCAGCCCUAUAUUUUUGAAUCGAACACUUAGUUACAUGAAGGACCGCAUGUCGCGCAACAACAAAAAACGCGCGUCAUUCAAAGUAAACUCAAUAUUGCAGCAAAUAACUCAAAAAACAGAGUCUAUAUCCAAUAAAUAUUUGAAUAUAAUUUACAAUGGGUUAUUUGAUAAAAGUAGUUGCAGCGAUCAAUGGUGGAAUGCGGGAGACUCGGUCAGUGUCGAAGCUACACUUUACAAAAUAACUAAAAACAAACGAAAAGAUAGCACAUCAGACUUUCAGGAAAUGAUGAGUUACAGUUCAGGUGUUGUAUACAAUCCAGAUGAUGAUCUAAGUCGCUUCUCAACUAUCAGCAUUCCGGUACAAUCGAUGGGUCCAUUGGGCGAUCAACACACAAUAUAUAAGCUCUUGUUUCGUAUUAAAGUCUUACCAAAAUGUGAUACAAAAACAAUUGACGAAAACAGUGAGAAUAGUGAGACACCUUGCAAACGUGGGAAAAUGAGUACGAAAAUAUAUGGAUGCGAAUUAAUAGUAUUUGAGAAGAAUAUCUGCUUUAUUCCUGAGGGUGAUUACGAGGCGGCGAUGCAGGAGCUCAAUUCAAUGAGCAUUAAAUCCUUCUCUCCAAAGAAACGCACAUGGGAGACAUUGCCCGAUAAUUACAUUCCACUCUCGUUGAAAUUCGACGUUUUCAAUCAAUUUCCAACGCUUAAAUUCCGUUUAACCUGGUCGGCCAAUGAAGUGCCUAGCAGUAUUGCUGCAAAGGAUCUUAAUCUUUAUGGCGACUUUGAAGGCAUAAAAAAUGAGGCAAACGAUAAAACGCAAAGCUUAACAAAUGGCGUCGAAAUGCCAUUGAAUGGCAGUGUCAAUCAAAAUGCUAACACAGGCUCUCAUGUCAAUCAUAAUAAUAAUUGUGUUAAAGCGAAUGGCGGUGGCAAAGGUGGUAUUGUGCCAGUUGCCGCAAAAGCAGAGAAAAUACAAAUAGUUUAUAAUUUUUUAUAUAGCAACAAUACACGACAACAAACGGAAUACACGCAGGAGGUAAUAUGUCCAUGGUGUGGUCUGGAUUGCUUGCGUUUGUAUGCAUUGCUGAAACAUUUGAAAUUAUGCCAUGCGCGCUUCAAUUUCACCUAUCAACCGGCAGGGAGUGGUGCACGCAUCGACGUGACCAUAAACGAUUCUUAUGAUGGUUCGUACGCGGGUUCACCAUAUGAUUUGGCUGGUCCGUCUGGUUGUUCCUUUGCGCGUACCUGUGGCCCAGUGCGGCGUACGACGGUGACAAAUUUAUUAGUCUGCCGUCCGCGAAGACAGAAAACGUGUCUCGAUGAGUUUCUAGUGCUGGACGAGGAUGAUUUGAGCAAUCAGCGUCCUUAUAUUACGGGUCAUAAUAGACUUUACCACCACACAGAGACUUGCUUGCCAGUACAUCCCAAGGAGCUUGAUAUCGAUUCAGAGGGUGAAAGUGAUCCACUAUGGUUACGACAGAAAACUAUACAAAUGAUUGAUGAGUUCUCCGAUGUGAAUGAGGGUGAAAAAGAGUUGAUGAAACUGUGGAAUUUACAUGUAAUGAAACAUGGUUAUGUGGGCGACUGUCAAUUGCCGCUAGCUUGCGAAAUGUUCUUAGACUCGAAUGGCUAUGAGAUUAUACGAAAAAAUCUGUAUCGCAACUUCAUCUUACACAUGUGUUCACUAUUCGAUUAUGGCCUCGUUUCACCGGAGACUGUUUAUAAAACUGUACAGAAGCUACAGGGUAUGUUAAGUAAAUAUCGCGAGGGUCGUGAGUUGAUGUCGAAACAACGUGAAGCACAAUUGAAAUAUUGGCUCGAUGUGGGCAUACAUAAACAAGAUGAGCAAAAACUGAAAUCACCACAAAAGCAAGCACCGAAAACCACAAGUGUUUCCGAAGUAUUAGGCACAGCCGUUAAUGUUGCCAGCAGCACAAGCGCUGUCAGUAAAAAUGCAGAAAACAAACCAAUGCAACCACCUACGAAGCGUUCAGCGACAGCUGUUAAACGUGCCAGUCUACAUCUACAAAACUGUCUAAACAGUAACGGCAACGCAACUGCUGAUAAAUUAAUAAAUGCUGGCGGUAGCAAAGGUGUUGCCAAAAAGACUGCAUCUCAAGCUGUUGACGAUCAGGACACACCCGCCAGUGGCAGCACUAAAGCGUCCAGCGAGAAACGUGAGCGCCGCAGUGAGACCAGCAGUAGUAGUGGUAGUCGUAGAAGUAGCACAGCGUCAGCCACAGUGACGUCAACUACAAAUGAACGCGAUGGCAAUAAUGAGCGCAAAGAUGCGCCGCAUAACGCUGAGCGUUCACAACGCGGUGGAGUCGCAUCAACAAAUGCUACAAACGCAGAAUCGCGCGUACAAACGAGUAAAAGACGUUUGUCCACAAAAGCUAUUGAAGUUGGGGAAGAAGGAGGCGUUGGCGGUGAAUGUGGAUGUGUUGGCGCAGAUAGUAAUAGUGAAGCGUUCGAAGCGUGUAAAAAUGCUAGUGAUGUCUGUAAUGCUGUUGCUACUGUUGUUAGCAGCAUACUGCAAACUAGCUCACAAAGUGCAAUGACACAAAUGCCUCUUAAAUGCGAAAUAAAUAAUUUAACGCAUAAUGAAGAUGAUGAUGGUGGUGAUGAUGGUAAUAAUAUUAAUGAUGUUAAUGACGAUGUCAUUGAUGAUGUUAAUGAUGAUGUUAAUGAUGAUGUUAAUGACGAUGUCAAUGAUGUUAAUGAUGAUGAUGAGCUUGCUGACACUACAAGUCAUUUAAAUGCUGACACAAAUGAACACACUGUUGAUAUUGAUGUUGAUGAUGAUGACCUUGAUGCCGAACUGCGUGCUGAUGUGACAACAGCGUCCACUAUAACCUCAGACGCUACAGUAGCCACAACUACUGAAGCGGAUAAUGCUCUAAUGGAAAAUGUAUUGGACAAUGCAUUAACUAUUUAAAUAUUUGUAUUGUCAUAUUGGCAACUAAUUUGUCAUACACACAUACAACCAAACCUCACUAAAGUAGUGAAUCGGUACUUACAUAAUAUAGUACAUAAGUGCAAUUGGUAUUGUUAUUGGCAUAAAAUGUCUAGUGAAAAAUUUAGAAUUAGUUUUAGGUAAUGCAUACACAUAUGGAUGCUAGUAUUUUAAGUACUCGAAUGCGGCAGUUAAAGUUGAACAAACAAUCGAAAUGCAUUGAAGAUAAUUGUUUUAUAAAUAUUGCAUACUUUCAGGCGCAUGUAGAUAGCAUUUGAUCACAAUGUAAUAAUUAUGAUGACAUGAAAUAUCUUAAUCUAAUAUUCUUAAAUAUCCGCAUAUACUGCCGAAAAAUCUAAAUCAAAAUGAAAAUUUGUUAAUAUUAAAUGAGCCAAAAGCCUUAAUUGCUUUUAACUAAACUUAAUAUCUUGCCUUGACGAGAUUUAAUUUAAUCAUAUGCAAUUUUUUUCUACUGCUUAAGGGGUUAGGUGGGUUUCAAAAUUUCAGAAUUUGACAAAAAAAUGUUUGUCUUAUUAAAUAGUGUAAUAUGUUUAAAAUACUAUCCAAAAAUAUCAAAUCAAUCCGAGUAAUGUUCUAAGUGUAUAUAUAUAAGUGUAUAUCUCACUUUGGAUGCUCCGCCCUUCAGGCCACGUCAGUAUGAAUGUAAAACUUUAAAGUCAUUUAUCUCAAAACUCAAUUUUUCAAGUCGGUGGACACGAUAAUUCAAAAAGUUAUGAAGCGAUUUCUCGCUUUUCGAGCCAAUAUAUGCCGCAAAUUUAACUAGAAAAGUGAGUUCAUUUUAUUUUUCAAUUUUCAAUAUUUUAUUUUUGUCUUCGUUCAUUAACUAGAUUUAUCAAUGUACUAAAAUUGUAAGAAUAGCAUUGUUUUUAGUCUCUGAAACCCAUCUAAUCCCUUAAAUUAUCUGAAUCUGAUUAAGAACUAUUAUUUACUAGGGCUACUGUAUAAUUUUAUAAAACAAUAUUACAGGAGUUUGUAAUACUGUAAUUGAAGAACAUCUUUUGGUUUCAUAGUUUCUAGUCUGUAAAUUCAUUUUUAGUGACAGUGGAUUAUGUUGUUGGAACUUAACUAUUUAGUAGUAAUAGUAUUUAGUAGUACGCAGGAUUUUAUCUCAGUUUAAUACUAGCAGACAACAUCCUGUGUUUGCUCCAACUUCCGAUUAACAUUAAACAAUUUUUUGUAUUAAUUUGUUCCUUUUUUUGAAAAUUUGCCGCUUACUGAUGAACUUUUAGUUUCAAAAGUUCCCUUUGGAAAUAACAACAGUUGGACCUCUCUUACUCGAAUCACCAUAAUCCACAAAAAAACUACGAGUUAGAGGGACUUCGAGAUAUAGAAAUUUUCACUAAAACGUACCAGUUUUCAAAAACCUGGAAAAUAUAGAUUUAUACACAGUUUUAUUUAUUUGCAUCACAUAAAGUGAUGCCUUGUUACAUUUAUGCAAUCCAUAUCAUAACUUUUUUUCUUCGCCUCCAUACAAUAUAGAGCAACUCUUUUAAAAUUCUGCAUCGAUAGUAAAAUUUUAAAAUUUGUAUUGUGCCCUGAACGAAAAGUUCUAUUUAUGGAAGGAAAUGUGUAUAAAAGUUGACUUCUAUUGCAAUUCAAGAGUUCGAGUUAUGGAGCACUUCGAGUUAUAGAAGUUCAAAUGUAAUUAUAUAAAACCGCAAAUCAAUUUAUGUACUCCUGUACAGAUGUAUGACUAUAACUAUUAGCUUUAUACGUAUAUAUUUAAGGAUAAGCAUUUAUAAUAGUACAAUUGAACUUCCCUAACUCGCAUCUCCAUAAUCCACAAAAAAACUUCGAGUUAGAGAGGCUUCCGAACUACGGAAGAUAAUCGUGCUAUGGAUUCAAGUUAUUGAAGUUCGAAUUAUAGAAGUUCAACUGUUAUUAUAUUAUGAAGUUGAAGCGUGGUUUUAGGUGAAUAAGCUUUGCACCGCUACACUACUUUCAUAAUCAUUUUGAAUAUACGAAAAGAACAAUCGUCUUAACGACAGUUGCGUCUACCUUCCAAUUGCCAGCUGAGUCAUAUUGUACAAUAUUAUUUAAUACUGGUGACACAACAACAACAAACUCAGUAAACCUUUUGUUAUGAUUCUUUUUUAAAUAAGCUAUGUGUAACUGAGUUUAGCAGGUCGCUAAAGCAUGAGACU